GCUCUGGAACACGGGAACCGCCACGGGAACCGCCACGGGAACCGAUGAGGACAGAGGGGAAACCAGAGGCACCAAAAUGCCAUUUCCACGGAUCGUGCCCUCAGCACUGUGGCUGGUGCUGCACCUCACAGCAGGGCCCUGCAGGAGGGGGGCAGUGAGUGCCGGCAGAGCCGCCCGUGGUGCCGCGGAGGUGUGUGCCAAGGGCACCAUGACUGCCAGCCCCUGCUGCGCCAUCCCCGCGGGCACCAACGUCACCCUGUCGUGCCAGCUGGCAGCCCCGCGGGCACGGGGCUGGUGCUGGGCAGCGAUUUUCCUCAACAGCUCCGAGCAAACCCGGGCCCAGGGGGGCUCGGUGAGCAAAACCCUCCUGGUCACUGCCCAGGGCAGGCACCACUUCACCUGCAAGUGCAUCGGUGGGGGCAGGACAGCACUCGUCUGUGGCAUCGACAUCCACUGUGGCAACCCUCCAGACGAGCCCAGGAACGUGUCCUGUAUCCAGAAGGGGACACAGGGACGUCCCACCUGCACCUGGCACAAGGGCAGGCUCACCUACCUCCCCACUGCCUAUGGCAUAGAGCUCUCCAACGGCACCAGCACCUUUUCCUUUCCAGAAGAAGCUCCCAGCCAGGUGUUGUUUGGCUCUGGGGCUCUGAGCGAGCUGGAUUUUGGCUCCAAUUACACCGUGGUGGUUUCUGCCUCCAAUCCAUUAGGAAAUGCCUCUUCCCAGCCGCUCAACUUCACGCUGAUAGACAUAGUGAAGCCGCUCCCUCCCGAGUUUUCGGUGGAAUUUGAUGAUUCCUCGGGCACCAGCUGCACCAUCGUGUGGCACCACGAGGCACAGGCCCAGCACUGCCGGCUGAGGCACCGUCCCCUCGGCAGGCACGGCUGGAGCACGGUGGAGAGCCUCAGCAGGGAGGGAUUCCACCUGCAGGGGCUGGAGCCCGACACAGCCCACGAGUUCCAGGUGAGCUGCAGGAUGCUGCCGGGCCAGGGGCUGUGGAGCGACUGGAGCAGCAGCCAGGGCAGCACCCCGGCAGCAGUGCCAACAGGGACCCUGGAUGUGUGGUACCGGCAGCAGGAGCUGGGCUCAGGGCUCCAGAACCUCUCCUUUUUCUGGAAGGCUCUGAGCAGGUGGGAGGCAGGAGGGAGGAUCCUGUGCUACAACGUGACCUUGGAAGCGCUGGGGCAGGGGGAGCUCCGGGCGCAGUCCCACCGCACCACGCAGACCAGCUUCUCCAGGGUGACCCCCAGGGCGGGGCACAGGGUGACGGUGACAGCGCAGAGCCCGCGGGGCAGCUCCGCCCCUGCCACCGUCCUGACGCACCUGGGCAGCCCAGAUCUGCCCCCUCCCCAGCGGGUCAGCGCCGAGGGCCUGGGGAACAGCAGCAUCCUGGUGAGCUGGAGCCCCCCCGCCGCAGCCGCCCUGCCCCUCGGGGGGUACCUGGUGGAGUGGGCAGAGCCCUGGAGGGAGCCACAGCUGCAGCCCCACCACAGCUGGGUGAAGCUGCCCCCGUCCCACCUCUCCACUGUGAUAGCAGAGCACAUCAGAGAUAACGUCUGCUAUCAGAUCCACGUGUCUGCACUUUAUCAGGACAGAGCUGGGCAGGCAGCCUCAGUCAGGGGAAACUCCACAGCUCAAGCCCCCUCAGCUGGGCCCCAGAUGUUCACCACCCCCUGGGCCAGCGGAGCCCUGGUUUCCUGGGAGGAGAUCCCAGCGCCCCAGCAGAGGGGCUGCAUCACUGGGUACCACAUCUACCUGCACAGGAAGGAUGGGCAGGGCCAGCCCGAGGUCCACGCCGUUCCCGCCGGGGCUCCUCGCUCCCUGCACCUCCCUCACCUGGAGCCGGGCGAGCACCACGAGCUCUGGAUGACGGCGGCGACCGCGGCCGGGGAGGGGCCCCGGGGCAACAGCGACAGCGUCUGCCUGGACGGUGCUGGGGACUGGCUGACUCUGGGGCUCAUCUGCAGCUUCUUCAUCCUCUCAGCCUGCCUUUGUUCUGUGCCUCCAGCAAGGAGAGUGUUGCAGUGGCUCCUGUCCCUCCUGCUGCCGCAGUGGCACAGCAAAGCCAUUCCCGACCCUGCCAACGCCACGUGGGCCAAGAGCUUAGCGGCUGCCAAGGCGGAGCUGAGCGCUCCCUCCAGCCCCUUCCUGCCCGGCGGCGCCUUCGAGGAGCCCGAAGCGAGCCCGGUGCAGGAGGCCCCGGCCCAGCCCGAGCCCCCCAAGCCCCCGGACAAGGAGGAGGUGGGCAGCGCUGGCAGCAGGGGGCACGGCGGGUGGGCAGCGGAGAGCUCGGCGGAGGAGCAGCAGCUGCCGGAGCUGUACCAGCGGCUGCUGCUGGAGGCGAUGGAGCCCCCCGAGCCCGUGGCCGAGUACAUCUGCAACCCCGGCAGCCUGGCCCCGGAGCCGGCCCCCGAGCCCGAGCCCAGCCCCCUGUCCGUGUUCCCAGCCUCGGCCUUCCUGCCGGCCGCCCUCUGCUGCCCAGGGGACCUGACUCUGGAUCGAGUGAAACUCAGCGGCAGCUCCUGACCGAGCGAGGCAGGGGGCGGUGUGAGCCCGGCAGGAAUUCUGGCACCAUAGAGUAUUUCGAUGUGAGCCCGGCAGGAAUUUUGGCACUUUACAAAGCUUUUCGGUGUGUUUUGAUGCGAGCUCAGCCUGGAUUUUGGCAUUUUACAAAGCAUUUCGGUGUUUUCAACGUGAGAUCAGCCUGGAUCUUGGAACUUUACAGAGUAUUUGGUGUUUUCAAUGUGAGCUCAGCCUGGAUCUCGGCACUUUACUGAGUAUUUCAGUGUGUUUUGAUGUGAGCCCGGCCUGGAUUUUAGCAUUUACAAAUAUUUUAGUGUUUCAGCACACGCAAUCCAGUCCCUCACAUGUGACACCUCCGAGUGACAAAACCCUUCCCCAGUCACACCUCACCUUAGGACGUGGCUGCUCCUCUGCAGGGGCACACUGGGGAUGCCAGAGCUGGAUUUUGGGUAUUUGGGGAGCCCUUCCUGCAGCCUGGGCUGCCUCAAGCCCUGUUCCAGAAUCAGAGUUAAAAAAUCAUCAUUUCCACCAGGAAGAGCAAGGAACUGCAGAAGGGAAGGAUGGAACAGCUCAGCACCUCUUGUUCCUCCCCUGGCACCAAGUCACAGAGUCCCCAAUGUCACCAGACCCACGGGGGACACAGCACCAGAGCCAGGGCCCCUUCCUUGCCUCAGCUCAGGGCAGGAAAAUUCCUCAGCAGAACUAAAAGCACCAGGCAGCAUCUGUACUCAGCCAAAUGGAUUGUCAAGAGGAAUUUCAGUGAUUUAUUGGUGUUCUAAUUACAGGCUGCAAGGGUGUUACACAUUUAAUGACUUUGUUUACCAGGUGUGUGUAUAGAAAUAAAAUGUUGGAAAUCUGAA